GCUGGAGUUGGGACAGGAGUGGGUGGGUACGAGAAAUAAAAGCUUUUCCCGGGAUUAUAUUCUCGGGUAGCUGCUGGGCCUUGAAGGGUGAGAUCUGAAACCUGGGACUAGAAUUGUAGCUUUCUAAGCCUCAGUUUUUAAUUCGAAAAAUAGGGAUGGUGAUUGCCGCCAUCCCUAGGAGCUUGUUAGGAAGGUCAAGUGAGAGCCUGUUUGCCACAGUGCUUUGAAAAGGAAAUAGUGACAGAAGUAUAAAUAGCCAAUAUAAACAAAGGGAAAUCUUCAGGUUCACUCAUAAUCAAUAAGUUAUAAUGACAAUUUUUUACAAUUACAAUUUUAUAAUUAUUUACAAUAAUUUUACAAAUAAAGAUACCUGGCUAUCACUUUUCAUUUAUUAGAUUAGCAAGGAUUGGACAAAAUGGUAGAUAAGUGCUUUGACAGAAAUCUUGCUCAGUCUACUAAGAAUAAUGACAAUAACAACAAUAAAGCUACCUGUCUUCUGGGCUUUAUUAUAUUCCAGAUACUCUUCUUAGAGCUUCAUAUUUAUUACUUAUUUAUUUCUCAUAGUAAAUAUGCAUAUAAUGUACGUCUAUAAUAAUAUUAUUGUUCCCAUUUUGCAAAUAAGGGAACAGAGGCACAGAGACGUUAAGUAACUUGUCCAAGGUCACACAGCUAGUAAGUGCCCCAGCCAGUAUUUCAGCCAGGAUUUAGGAUAGGACAAUGGCCUGUCCAAAGGAAAAUAUGUUCAAGGCUGCUCCUUUUGUACGUCUAAGGACUGGGCAAGAAUUGAAACAAAAGAUGGAUUCUAAGCAACAGUGAAAGUGUAGCCCGGAUGAACACUCAAACAUUUUCAGUCAAAGUAGCCCUUCCUGAUGCUCCUGCCUGAUGCCUGCCUGAUCUCCCUGAAUGGGCGGAGGGAUGGUCCCAGCUUGGAGACGCCAGCUCAGCCAGUGACGGACAAAGGGCCCCCAGCUCCAAAGGUGGUGAAGAUGGCAAGUUCCUCUCGCUCCUGGCUCUCCAGAUGCCUCAUCACACUCGUCUUCCUCCAACUGCCUUUGCACGUGUUGGGGGAUGCCGGCCAGUCCCACGUGGCCCCGCUAGGGGGCACAGCCGAGCUGCUCUGCCCUCUCCCGCUCUGGCCCGUUACCAUACCGUCCGGUGUGAGGUGGCUGCGGACCCCGGGGCUGGGGCUCUCCCAGCUUGUUCACGUAUUCCGGGAAGGGAAGGACCUGGAGGAAGGCGUGAUGCCGGAGUAUAAGGGGAGGACGGCGUUGGUGAGAGACGCCCGAGAGGGAAGUGUCACUCUGAGGAUCCACCAUGUCCGGCUGGAGGAUCGGGGGCGGUACCGAUGUCAGGUCCAGAUCGGAAACCUGAGUCGAGAGGGCGCCGUGACGCUGCAGGUUGCAGUUCUAGGCUCCGACCCUUACAUCCACGUGCAAAGCUACGACGCUGGAUGGAUCCAGCUGGUGUGCAGGUCGGCGGGAUGGUUCCCAAAGCCUUGGGUCCAGUGGAGAGACCCUCAGGGCAGGGUGUUUCCAUCCCUGUUGGAGACCCAUUCCCUGGACGAAGCUGGCCUCUUCCGAGCAGCGGUGUCCAACAGAGUCAGGGACAGCAUUCUGGGGAAUGUGUCCUGCACCAUCCGCAAUGGGGUCCUCGGCCAAGAGAAGACCACAGCCAUGGUCAUAGCAGCCCCAUCUCCAGCAAGGUUCUCCUCGUCAGAAGUGGCUCUUGCUGUGAUCCUGCCUGUCCUGGGGCUUCUCAUCAUUGUGGGCGUUAACUUCAUCUGGAAGCAAAGAAAAUCAAAAGAGGAACUUCUCUAUGAACAGGUGAUGGAGGUAGAAAAUCUUCUCUCAGCCCAUGCAAAAGAAAAAGGAAGGCUCCGAAAAGCCCUCAAGAAACUCCGGAGUGAUCUGAAGUUGAAAAGAGCAGCAGCAAACUCAGGCUGGAGAAGGGCUCGGCUGCACUUUGUGGCGGUGACCCUGGACCCAGACACAGCGCAUCCCAAACUCAUCCUCUCUGAGGACCGGAGAUGUGUGAAGCUUGGAGACACAAGGAAGCCCUUGCCGGACAACCCCCAGAGAUUUGACUUCAUCGUUAGUGUCCUGGGCUCUGAGUACUUCACGGCCGGCUGUCACUACUGGGAGGUGUAUGUGACAGACAAGACCAAGUGGGCCCUCGGGGUGUGUAGUGAGUCUGUGAGCAGGAAGGGGAAGGUCACCGCCUCACCCGCCAACGGACACUGGCUCGUGCGACAGAAUUGUGGGAAUGAGUACGAGGCCCUCACAUCCCCGCAGACCUCCUUCCGCCUGAAAGAGCCCCCGCAGUGCGUGGGGAUUUUCCUGGACUAUGAAGCAGGAGUCAUUUCCUUCUACAACGUGACGGACCAAUCCCACAUGUUUACUUUCACCCACAGUUUCUCUGGUCCCCUUCGCCCUUUCUUUGAACCUUGCCUUCAUGAUGGAGGGAAAAACACAGCACCUCUAAUCAUCUGUUCUGAACUCCAGAAACUGGAGGGAUCAACUGUGCCCAAGCCAGAAGACAAAGGCCAUGCUAAUAGAGAUGUUGCCCUGAAGGUGGACCCUUCCCUGCUCCCUGCUCAGACACCGGAGCUCUUCCCACUCAGAGACAGGAUCCUGUCCUGGCCCUCUGACCUUGGCCCAGCCCUUCAAGGACUUAGGGUUCCUUCUUUUUAGGGACGGACCUCAUUACCAGCCCAGUGCCCUGGAUUUCAGUCUCCUGGCCCAGCACCUGCUUCUGGAACAUCUCUCUUUUCCUCCAGUCCAGA